AUGCAGAGACGUCAGGACGACGACCCAGACACCCCCAAAAGUAGACCAGGCUCCAGGAGAAACUCCACCAGCCACUCCAGGAGGAAUAGCAUCAAGAAAGAGAAAGAAAAGGUUAACGGUUCAUCUUGCACCUCAACUCCGAAGAAGGUGGCCGCUAAGCCCGCCAAUUUGGACUUCGUUGUCACAGGGAGACAAUGCCUGAAGAAGUCUGACCGCGCUAACUCUCUGCCUGGGUACCGGAGGCCGUCAGUGGACUCCAUCAAGAGUAAGAAGUUUGAGUCUCCGAAGCGGUCCGCCCCGCAUGAGUCGCAAUCCUCGAAAAGCAGAGAAACUUCUUUAGAAGAUGACAUGUCGUUAGAUCUCUCGCAGGUAUCCGACUUCGAAGACACCAACUCGAAAUACGGCAUAAACCAGAAAUUCACUGCUUUAGCGACCGCCACUCCGAAAUCACAACGGCCCAAGCCAAGAAGCGGGUCCUUGCAAAGCCAUCUCCAUCAGAAGCUGGACACCAAGAAGGUUCAAAAGUCCUUCGACAGUCCAAAGCAGAGUCGAGAUACCAGUCGGGAGAGUGUGUAUAAAACGUCGUCCUCUGCUAGUCCCUACAGGUAUGGCGUUAGCACAGAGUUGGAUUACUCCUCAGUGUCCCCGGAGUACUCCGGGCUGUCGUCAGCGGACCUGUCUCCGCGGAUGGCGCGCCAGGAGCCCGCCACGCCGCGCAGUCACGAACUACAUAACGUCUCCAGCUGUUGCGGCAGCAGUUGGCAGGACUGCUCGGAGUUGGACACGGCCGUAGCUGAGAGGACGGCGGGCGAGUGGAACUCCUUCUGGGCGAACUACAACAACUCCGUGUCCAAAGUUCCAGUGCAGAGCUACUACGAUCAGUGUCCGACGCCGUAUAGGACUGAGAACAUCGACUUGGCCGAUUUGGACGGUUCAAGAAAGCGGACACCGGAAGACAUAGAUAACAUAAACUACGUAAUCCGAAACGAAGGUCUUAAUCUUACUCCCCGAGAAACACAAAACAUUAUAAAAUGCGCGCAUAUACUUGGCAAUGUGCUUACAAAGGCUAUAGAAAGACGAUGCCGUGACAAGGACAUAGAUACCAAAAUACACGAAGUAAAGACAGAGACGGAAGACCCAGAGAAAGAAGAAAUUAAAAAGAAUUUGACGCUAGACUUGAAAGAGAAAAACAUACCUGCCGAUGUAGGGGAAGAAAAGAGAAGCGAGACUGUGACGACUCAAACUGACAUUUCGCUGCCGAAUACAAAAAGCGCGCCAAGAAUCUUCGAGAAAAUUCUGCGGCAAUUAUCCAGAACGUCAUUGGAAGAGGCUCUUGAUAAGGACAUUAAAAAUGCUGAUAAAGCUUUUGAUAAUAAAGUUGAAGAGAAAAAGGACCCAGCUAAAGAGACUUAA